CGCUCGUCGGUUGGGUAUCGCCUAAGCAUGCGCACGCAACGCGAAGACACAUGCGCGUGGCGCUGUGUGCGAACAAGAACGUCAAAUUGGCGACGAUCAACGUCCACAAGACUCUGCAUAAACCGAAAGCAGCUCCGCCCUCGGAAGUGUUUCGAGCCCCGAUUUGGACGACAUGGGCGAAGAUGAAGACGAACGUUUCGCAAGAAAAGGUUUUGAGCUUCGCGCAAGAAAUUCUUGCGAACGGUAUGAGCGCCAGCGUCAUCGAGAUCGAUGACAAGUGGCAGUGUGGGUACGGUGAUCUCGAUUUUGACGCCACAAAGUUCCCAGAUCCGAGUUCGAUGGUGGACGAGCUUCACGCCAUGGGCUUCAAAGUGACGGUGUGGGUCAUGCCGUUCAUCGCCGAAGAUACAAUGGCGUACAGAGAAGGGAAGGACAAGGGUUACUUUGUCAAUUCGAACACGCGAAAUGGUUUCUUCAGGUGGUGGCAAACGCCGCCAGUCGUCGCGUUAGACGUCACAAACCCGGAGGCGGUUGAUUGGUUUGUAUCUCGGUUGAAGCGUCUGCAAGAAAAGCACGGUAUCGACGGCUUCAAGUUUGACGCCGGUGAACCAUGCUUUUUGCCGCGAAGAUUCAUCACACACACACCUCUUUCGCACCCAUCAGAGUACACGAGAGCGUGGGUGAACAACGUCGCUUCAAAGUUCGAACUUGCAGAAGUUCGAAGCGGUCAUAACAGCACAGGGAAUUCUUCCCUCGUCCGCAUGGGCGAUAGAUUCUCCGACUGGGGCAUUGAGAACGGGCUAGGGUCGAUUAUUCCCGCGCUGCUUACAUCUGGCGUGCUUGGGUACCCGUUUUGUUUGCCAGACAUCAUCGGUGGAAACGCUUAUUUUGGCAAACACCCGGACGAAGAGCUCCUCGUGAGGUGGGCGCAAGCCAACGCGCUGAUGCCGGCGAUGCAGUUUUCCCUCACUCCUUGGGCCGCAGGUAGCAUGGCGAAAGACUUAUGCAUCUCCGCAUUGGAGAUGCGCGAUCAGUUCGUGGAGACCCUCAUCGAUCACAGCGAACGCGCGGUCGAAACGCUCGAACCCAUCUGUCGUCCGAUGUGGUGGCUCGAUCCCGAGGAUAGCGAAACGUUCCGCAUAGGAGAUCAGUUCGCGCUCGGCGAAGAUAUCAUCGUCGCCCCCGUCACCACGCGAGGCGCGAAUGAGAGAGCGAUUUAUUUGACCGAGGGUCGAUGGCGCGAUUUAUCUAAUGGCAAGGUCCACCAGGGUCGGCGUUGGAUGCGCGAUUUCUCCGCCCCGAUCGGCGCGCUGCCCAUUUUCAUUCGCGAAAAGUCGUCGUAACGUCGAAGAUU